UCUGUUGAUUUUAACUUCCGCCUACGUCACAUUUACACACUUUCUAUCGUUUACUGUACACGUCAACAACAUGCCAGCCCCAGCAAGUUCAACAUCAGUAGGAGCAGGACGUAGUCCUUCAUCAAAAACAGUAUCACCAAGGUCUGGUGGUGGUGGAUCGACUACAAGACAGAGGAAGACCACAAGUUCCUCGGGUAAUGCACGUAAAUCUGUAGCUGGAGGUGGCAGCAGCAGUGCUGGUAUGUGGAGAUUUUAUACUGAAGAUUCACCAGGAAUAAAAGUAGGACCAGUGCCAGUAUUAGUGAUGAGUUUGAUCUUCAUUGCUUCAGUCUUCAUGUUACAUAUAUGGGGAAAAUACACACGAGUAUAGACCAAUCAUAACACAUGUUACAUCAUUAUAUAUCAGGAUAAAUCAUUGGUGGAAAAACAGGAUGUGAAAAUUUGACCAAAGACAGUUUGUCUGUUCCAUUAUACCUUUGUAUUUAUUGAAUGUGAAAAAAUACAUCUUGUCUUGGAUUUUGUUUAAAUUAUAAAAUGAAAAAAAUUGCUCCUCUAAACAUGUACAAGUAUAAAACAACAGCUGAAAAAGGACAAUUGCUACAUUUGUUAUGAAUUAGUAUAUUAUAUGUCUCAGUGCAAAUAUUUUUUUAAUUUUUAUUCUCAACAAGCAUUAUUGUACAGAUUCAAAAUGAUGUUAAAAAAAGUAAUGCAAUAUGCUGUUGUAGUUUUGAAAAGCAGGAAAAUGAUUUUUAUUUAACCUGUAUCCAUAUACAUACUGUGGACCAUAAAAUUGUAUAUAAAGAUUAAUUGAUGUACUUAAUUUUACAUCAUUAUUUGUGAAAGUAUAUUUUAUGACCUAUUUUUACUUGUAUAUCAUAAUUUUUAUUUUAUGAAUAAGCAAUUCAAAGAUGCAAGUCUUAAGAGAUAAAAAAAAACAGAUCAUUUAUCUCCAGAUAAUAUCAACCUCCAUUUCAUUUCAUGGCGAAAAAAUCAUUUUACUGUCUGCACCACACAGAAACAACAAUAUGUCAAUGAAAUAUAUGAAAUAGUGUGUUUGGUUCAUCAGAUAAGAAUUAUUUUGUACUUCUCAAUAUCAGAAAGUUACAUAUUUUUUCACUAAUUUAGACUGCAGUGAAAAAACAAUGCCUUUAGAAGUAAUACAUGUAUCACAAUUCACUUUGAAAAUUUGUUCUAUAAUUUUUUAUGUACAGUUUUGAAAUCAGUACACUCAAAGGGAGAUAAGUCUGAUUUAACAUUUUGUUAUUUAUGAGUUAUGUUGUGUAUUUUCCUAGUCAAAACAUUUUUGACAUUUCAUAAAAUAUGUACAAUAAGACUGAAAAAAGAAACAAUAAAAUAAAGAAAACAGA